AUGUCGCGAGGCUUCUCACGCGGGAAUACAAUAUAUUUUGCAUCGAUACAAUUUUCUAAACGUAGUUUUACAUCUUCUAGGGAGGAGGUUGCGAAAAUAUUUCGUUUUCAGUGAAACAAACUACUUUUUUAGCCAGUACGAGUACGUUUCGCGCCGAGUCCUACGGGUAAUUUGCAUUUGGGCGGCUUGAGAACGGCUCUUUACAAUUAUUUGUUCGCAAAAAAGCACGGAGGGACUUUUAUUCUGCGAAUAGAGGACACGGAUCAGAAUAGGCUGGUGCCCGAAGCGAGGAAUUCUGUUAGUGAAGUGUCGAGGGAAGGAAGAAUUAAUAUUAAGAUAUUAGAUAUACGAAGCCCUGUACGCUCACGGUUUGAAGCCUGACGAGGGUCCAAGGGAAGGAGGCGAUUUCGGGCCUUAUGAGCAAUCAAAACGACGCGAUUUGUAUUCCGAAGCCGCUUCUCAGUUAUUGGAGUCGGGACAUGCUUACAGAUGCUUUUGCUCUUCUGAUGUCAGUGUUUUGCCCAGAAAAAAUAACUCUGAUGACAAUUUUCGGGGUUUUUGAAAAGAAUGCAUCAAGUUUCUCUUUUUUUCCGGUCUUGAAGGCUUCUGCGCCUUUAAAAAAUUUAUUCGAAGGUAGAAACUAUUAAAAAAAUGUUUUUUUUUUUUUUUUUUGAAUUCAUCCAGUCGAGAUAUUGCCAAUGACAAGAAGACAUUUCAUAAGAUUUUUUAUAAAACCAAAAAAUUCAACUAUAAACAAAUUAUUUCAUUUUACCGUUCAGAGUUGGAUAUAUAAUGAUCCAAAAAAAGGAAUAAUUUUUGAAAAAAAGUUUAUUUCAAGGUGUAAAAAUUUAUUGAGUUAAUAUUUGGAGACUUUCAGCGCCUGGAACUCCUUCGGAAAGACGCCUCCCGUCGAGGCCAAGUGCCCAAGUACGACCGCCGCUGCUUGGGCCUCGACCCGAGCACUUCCAAGGCGAUGGCUUCUGACGGCGUCGCCCACGUCAUCCGAUUCAAGCUCGAUCAGCAGGAUGUCAGCUUCAAGGUCGAUUUUUUCGCAUUUUUGAGGGUCUUUUUUUGAUAAUGAAAUUAAGAACUAAGGAAAUUAACAAUUGUUGCAAUAACUACGCUUUCAAAAAAAAAAAAAAAAACAGAAAGUUUAUAAUAUGCAUUCUCUUUUUCACUAUGUUUCUACAGUUGAAUAAACUAUGAUUCAAAUUUUGAAAAUUACGCCGUUUUCCCGGUUUUAGGUCGUUGUAUAAUGUUUUGCACUGCUUUUUUUUUCAAUUGUCUUCGACUUUUGAGUAAACCGGAAAUCGAAAGUAUCUGAGUGCAUAUUAGGAAAUGGGUGACUUUUUUUCUUAAAUUUUUGUUUUCAAGUUUAAAAUCUAGUAUCGUGCUGUUAAAAUCAAAGAUUUUUACCAAGUAUGUGUUCUGAAUAUCGAUCAGAAAAUUUAAAAUUGACAGAUUGUUGAAAGAAAUUUUAUUUCUUAUCUCUCGGAAAAAGUCGGAAUGGUGGAUAAUGGCCGCUAGAAAUGAGAGGCUCAAAAAAGGCCGCAAAAAGAGUUCCUGUAUCGAGCAUUCCAUUUUUUUUCUAGACUUUUAAAGGUCCAAAAAAUGUUAGAAAAAGGGUGCAUAAAAGCCGAUGAAAUGGCGCAAAAAAGGAACAUUUCUACGUAGCCCUUUCCGCCUAUGUGAAAUAAGGAAAAUGACAGGACGCCGUGUUCGGAGACCAGACCCAGACGAUCGACGAGAGCGACAUGAUCCUCCUGAAAUCCGACGGCUUCCCGACCUAUCACCUGGCGAACAUUGUCGACGACCACGCCAUGAACAUUUCCCACGUUAUCCGCGGUCUGGAGUGGCUCAGCAGCACGGGGAAACACCAAAAAUUGUACAAGUUCGUGGGGAUGAAACUUUGGAAAUUGAGACGUUUUUUUAAUUUAAAAAAAAGCUCUGUUUUUGCGCUGAAAUUCACUGAUAUUGAUCAUCGAAAGAUCGUCUUUCCCAGCUUUCAAAUAUAAUCGGUUCACGGCUGGCUUGAGCCAUCGAGAAAAGGGUCCUGCCACGAAAAGAGACGAGACAGUGCCCUGGUUGGUGGAGAGUGCAGACAGGCCACGCCUUUUUGUGUCCCAAGCUAGCCGUGAAUCGUCUAUAACUUGGGACGUCAAAGGGGCGUGGCCUGUCUGCGCUCUCCAUCAACCAGACACUGUCUCAUUUAUUAUCGUGUCAGGACCCUUUUACCGAUGGCUCAGCGGUGAACAACCUAUAUACCUUUGUAGUUUUUCAGAGCCUUCGCCUGGAAAGAACCCACUUUUCUGCAUCUGCCCCUCAUUAUGAAGACGAACGAGAAGAAGCUGUCGAAAAGGGACAAGGACGGCUACGCCAACUGGUACAUCGACGUCUUGGGAGUAUUGCCAAUAGCUACUUUGAAUCUUUUGGUAAUUUUCAAGUUUCAGAAACAAGUGGAAAGUACAAUAAUUCCUAUGGGCUACCAAUUUUUCCUAAUAUUAAAAUAAAAUUCACAUGGUUUUGAAAAGUUCCUGUAUGUAAAUUUUUUCAAAGCCUUAUAUACCUAGAAAUUUUUUUAAGCUUCAGAAAAAAAUAUAAACUUCAACUAGAUAUUAAUUUUUUUCGUCGCGUUCAAUAUUUUUCUAAGAACCUCCCCUUGAUAAAGUAAGUUUAAAAAAAAUUUUUUUCCAAAAAAACUCGACUUUUUUUCCCACAUGUGAAUUUUUUUCACGAAGCUUUUUUUGCCAAUAGGACAAUUUUUCUGAAAAAAAUAAAAAGAAUUUUUUUAACGUUAAUUAUCUAAUUUUUUUCCAUUCUAGGUAUCCAGAAAAAAAGUUUAUUGCUUUCAAACGGAACUAAAAUUUAUGAAGAAUCUUGAAAAAAAUUUUUUUGAAAACAAAAGAAAAAUUUUUUUCGAAUUCCGAUUAAAAAGGGAUUAUCCAGAUAUCAUAAACUUGAUUUUUUUAUCUUGGUUUUCAUUCGAUUUAUGAGUCAUAGGUUUGAAAAACUAAAGUUCAAAAAAAUUUUUUUGAACCUGAAAAAAAUGUUGAAUUUAAUGCAUUGAUUGCUAUCAUGAAUCGCUGUUUCAAUAACUAAAUAUUACUUCGAAAUGUUUUCCUCUACAAUUAUCAAAUAUUGAUAAUACGAGAAUCAAUGAAUGCCGUUCAGAUUCGAAAUGGGAGCGGCUUCAAAGAUUUCAAGCCGGAAAAUCUUUACUCAAUCGAGGAAAUGAUCGAGAACUUCGAUGCUUCUCUCAUUGGCCGACGGAAUCUUUUGGUUCAAAAAUUAUCUCUUCAAACAAUUUUUUGAAGUAAUUUCAGUUAGACCCUCACGUCCUGGACAAAUAUUCGCGUCAGGCCUUCCAACAGGCCGAUUUCGAGACGGUUUUGUACCCGGAAAUUGUCAAAAGACUAGGUAAAAAUACCAAUCCCGAGUUGUUGACGAAGGAAUAUGUUGGAAAGGUUUUGAAGGACCUUUUAGGUUGGAUUCGAUCAGAAAAAGGGUUCAGGUCGUGAAUUUUCUGAAGCAAAACGAGGAGGGAUUCGGGUUUUUGAGCGAUUUGAGUACGGGAAAAUUCCGCUGGUUUUUCACGCUUCCGACGUCGGCCGACCAGAUUCUGACGUCUUUUUCGGCCAAUGAUCUUGCUCCGAUUCUGGCGUCGCUCAAGGAUCCAGGUUGGUUUGGUUUUAGGAAAGGAUUCAGAAGGAAAAUUGUAAAAUAAUAAGAGGAUAUAGAAUUUUCUAAAAUUGUUUUCUGGUUUUUCUGAAAUUCCCAUGGAGAUUUUUCGCUUUGAUAUCUAGGAUUUUCGAAUUUUUAUUAGUUGCUCAUACAAUACACAAUGAGUUAUCGAUUUUUUAAGUGUCUCUGUUAAAAAAAUCUAUGGAUAUUGUAUUUUAAGAACCUAACAAAAAGUUUGCCCUCGAAAUGUGGAAAAAUUUUUUAAAAUCUAAAUCAUUUCUAAUUUUUUUAUUUUUUUAGAAAGUGUGAAACAUUUUUGAUUGAAGAAAAUUCCGCAAUUUUGAUUUUUGUAUAACUUUUGAACGCAUAAUUUCCCGAUUUACGAAGAAUAUUAACACUUUUCUCACUAACAGCAUUAUUUCUGAAAGCCGUAUGAAUUUCUUUCAUAACUGAAACUGUGAUUGGUGUCCAGUCGUAUAUGGGAGGAAUCGGUUUCAAAAUUCGUUAAUUUUUAGGGUUUUAAUGGACCUAAAAACAUGAGGUUUCUUAUGAAAAGGACAUUUUUUCAAGCAAAAAACUUUCGACAUUAAAAAAUUGAACUAUUCUAAAGACUUUUUCUCGAAUAUUUAUUGAUAAUUAGUAAUGAACUGAUUAAGGAUUCAGAUACAAAAAGCAAGAUCAAAAAUCGAACAGUUAGAAGCCGGAAUUUUCUCAAUUUACAUGAAUUUUCCUAGAAAAAGGCCUUUUAUUCAUCGUCAUACUAUCUCAAUGUUACGAAAAUGAACUGAUUUGAUAAUUACGUCAAAAAAAAAUUCAAGAAAUCUGGCACAACGACGGCUUCAAAAGGCUCGCCGAGAAGUUCGGCCUGCAACUCAGCCGUUUCCUGGGCCUCGUCCGAAUCUCGCUGAUCGACUCCAAACAAGGGCCGCCAAUAUCGGAACUUGUGCAAUUUUUUGGUGUCGAGGAGUGUGUCAAGCGGAUUUCCGUUAUGGAACGAUUAGUUGAGAAAAAUAAGUGA